UUCUAAAAGAAAUAUUUUCAGUUUCACUAUUGUCAGUUGCAACUUUCUUUACUUGUUAUUUUUGGUACUUAUCAGUUUUUCUCUAAGAUGCAAUGCAGUACAGAGUGACAUCGAUUGUUUAAAAUCGAUUCGAAAUUCGUUGGAAGACCCUUUAAAUUUCUUGAGCUCUACGUGGCAGUUCGACAAUCAGACAGAAGGUUUCAUAUGCAAAUUUACAGGAAUACAGUGCUGGCAUCCUGAUGAGAAUAAGGUUCUAAGUAUUAGCCUUCCAGACAUGGGACUAAAAGGUGAGUUUCCUCGAGGCAUUCAAAAGUGCUCUUCUUUAAGUUCUCUAGAUCUCUCAAACAACGAGUUAUAUGGAACCAUCCCUCUGGAUAUAUCAAGAGUAAUUGGAUUUGCGGUAAUACUUGAUCUCUCGAAUAACCAAUUAUCAGGACAGAUGCCAGUAGACUUAGCAAAUUGCUCUUAUCUUAAUGACAUCAAAUUAGACAACAAUGUACUAACAGGUCAAAUCCCACCUCAAAUUGGCCUCUUAGGUCGCCUCAAGACGUUCAAUGUUGCCAACAACAAGUUGACGGGGCCAGUGCCAAAUUUUAUCAAAGCCACUAUUUCGGCUGAAAGUUACGCAAAUAAUUUAGGACUUUGCGGUGGUCCUCUAAAACCGUGUUACAGUGUUGGAGUUCCAAAGCGAAACCAUCGUACUCUGUUUGUUAGUGGUUUUGUAACUGGUUGGUCGCUAUUCACUUUACUUGGUAUAUAUCUUUUUUAUCUUUGGUUUUCCUUGUGUAAAGAAGAUAUUUGUAUCGAUCAAGAAUAGAACAAAGAGAACGGUGAUUGAUGGAAGUGAGUGUCCAGACGGAAUAGAAGUAAACAAUGACCCGAAGAUUUCAAAGCUGGAGAAGAUUGUUACAAGAAUGAGUUUUAUGGAACUAGCAAAAGCGACUUCAUAUUUUAGCCAAGACCAUUAAAUUGGGAAGGGAAUGCUGGGAAAAGUGUACAAGGGACUGGUCCCAAAUGGCUGGAAUGUUGCCAUAAAGAGGCUCGAUGCCUCAGAAAAUUUGGAGGAAGAGUUUGUUUCUGAGAUUACAAUUCUGGGCAGUCUGAGGCAUCAAAAUUUAGUCCCUUUAAUCGGUUUUUGUGCAGCGAGGGACGAGCAACUGCUGGUUUACAAAUACAUGCCAAAUGGAAACUUACAUGAGUGGCUACAUACGACUGAUGACAAGGCAAAGCUCUUGGACUUUCCUUUAAGGGUUAAAAUUGCUGUUGGUGUCGCGAAAGCCCUUACUUGGCUUCAUGAUGGUGGAAAUUUCCAUGUUGUGCAUAGUAACUUAAGCACACAAAGUAUUUUGCUAGACGAAAAUUUUGAUCCCAAGAUAUCCAAUUUUUGGGAGGCAACAAUUGCAAAACAAAAUGACAUGAAUUCAAGCAUGAGUCUAUUGCCAAUAGUUGAAUAUUUAGACUUUACAUCUUACAAGAAAGAUGUAUAUAGAUUUGGGGUUGUGCUUCUUGAGCUUUUAACAAGGAAGGAAUCUUACCAAUUGAGCUGCUCAAGUUUAAAUCUUAGCAGUAGCUCUUUUGCCAGUCCUCUUGAUGUGGAUAAAGUGCUGUUAGGUCAAGGUUUUGAUGCUAAGAUAUUGCAGCUACUUGAACUUGCAAGUAACUGUAUGAAGUUCAUUCCUAAUCAAAGGCCAACGAUGCUUCAAGUGUAUCUGACUGUAGCUGCGAUUUCUCGAAUUCAUGAUCAAACAGGAGACCCUGAAAUACAGUAGCAAGUGGAAUAGAAGCAGCCAUGUGUAUUCCCUUGCUUUCUAUGUUUAUUUCAUUAGCAAGAAGUGUGUCUAUCUCACUUCCAACCAAGAGAUUGUGAGUUCGAGUCACCCAAAGAGCAAGGUGGGGAGUUCUUGGAGGGAAGGAUGCC